AUGGCGAAGAAAAAAUCGCGAGGAGGCGACUUUGCAAUCCAGGAUACCGUCACGAAAGGGCACAUUGAUUUGAAUGCCAAUUGGGAUCUGUGUUUCUUUCCGGGGCAGCGCGUUUUCAUGACUAUUAUUUUCAAUCGAAAUUUGGUUCGUAAUGCAACGUGCCCAAAAUGCAAUACACUCAACCCUGCAACUGUGGCUUUUGACGAAGAGGGUGAUAUUGAUUGUCUACGUUGCGGGCUAACAUAUCGACGUUUCUUCGAACGCUCUGAAAUUAAGAGCAUCACUAGCACCGCUAAGGCCGCACACAGGAUUGAAGAACUAAAUGCAAUAAAACCCAAGACAUUUGGGCAUCCCGAGGCAGCCCUUAAGCGAAAGAGAAACGAGGACGAAGUUGAGGAUUUUCGACAUGUAAGGCUCCGCGAUCGACCGCUUGAAUCCGAUCGGAACAGUCCGGAAAGCCCACAAGGAAGAGGUUCUCUCAGGGUUGACAAGUAA